AUCAAAAUAUGAACCAUCAGAAUUCACCACCGCAAGAGACAGCAUUACCUACACCCGUCAGUCCCACCGUCAGUUUUGAAUCACUCAUCAGUCAAUUUUCCAUCAACACAAAGAACGACGCUGGCACGUCAAAAUCAUUUCCCUGUCCCGAUUGUGACCAAGUAUUCCACCGGGCACAUAGUCUAAAGUCACAUAGAGCCACUCAUUCCGACGCAAAACCCUUUCAGUGCAGUGAUUGCGAGAAACAGUUUUUGCGCUUGCAUGAUUUAAAAAGACAUCAGAAACUACAUACGGGCGAAAGACCCUAUCAUUGUCCCGUCUGUAAACGAUCAUUUAGUCGACUUGAUGCCUUAAAUAGACACCGAAAGACAGAGGGAGGAUCAGCAUGCCUUAAAACAAGUCCAGUCGUCAAAAAAGACGCUCUCUAUCACCAUAUCCCUUCCAUGACGUCACAGUGGCAAGUAAGCCCUCCACCAUUAGCGACACCGCUAUCCCAUACUAAGCCCACCAUCCUCAAUUCAGCCUCACCCUACAGUCCGCCCUUAUUACCUUCCUUAAUACAAUUAGCUCCCAACGAUGACCUUGUGGAAGACUUACGCUCCAAGAUACACGACCUGGAAAUCGAGAACCGUGUGUUGAGAUCCCUUCUAUGUAACAAUGAGCAAGACAAGGAAUUUAAAAGACAGAAAAGAUCGCCCCAAGGAUAGGGGUUUUCUCCCUAAAAGAUUGUUUUACUUCUAUGCAUGACCCGAAAACUUUAUGACCCUUUUAUGCAAAAUAACUAAUAAUAAUAUAAACACACACACACACACACACAUAUACACCCACAUAAAUGAAACAAGUUUUAUAUGUUAAAAUAAGUAGUAAAUUAAUUUUAAUUCUAG